AUGCUGAGCGAGACAAUCACAGCCGCUGUUGAUACAGUCCUGCAUCGAGACUUGAAGCACGCUCCCUUCCGCGUCGUCUCGUCUUCCGGGCUCUACAUCUAUUUUGACAAUGGCAGAAAGAUCCUCGACGCCACCGGAGGAGCGGCCGUAUCCUGCAUCGGCCACGGCGACGAGCGAGUGAUUGCGGCCAUUGUAGCACAAGCCAUGACGCUGGACUACUGCCACACCAUGUUCUAUUCGUGCCCGAGUGCAGAAGACUUGUGCAAGCAGCUGAUUCAAAGCACGGGUGGCCAGAUGGCGAGGGCGUUUAUUGUCUGCUCCGGUUCAGAAGCAAUGGAAGCGGCAAUGAAGCUCUGCCGCCAAUAUUUCCUGGAACUGCCCACACCAGAGCCUACACGGACGCACUUCAUAGCUCGCAGGGAGUCCUAUCACGGAACCACAUUGGGUGCUUUGUCCGUGGGCGGCCACGUCGGUCGAAGGGCAGCAUAUGAGCCGAUUCUCAUGCAAAACGUCUCCCAUGUCUCGCCAUGCAACCCCUAUAGAAACAAGCUGGACUCUGAAAGCACAGCGGAAUACGUGGAGAGACUCGCGCAAGAGCUGGAUGCCGAGUUUCAGCGCGUGGGAGCUCACAAUGUCUGCGCCUUUAUCGCGGAGCCGGUUGUUGGCGCGGCACUGGGGUGUGUCCCGGCAGUGGAGGGAUACUUCAAAGCCAUGAAGGCCGUGUGUGACAAGCAUGGAGCGCUCUUGGUGCUUGACGAGGUCAUGUGCGGAAUGGGCCGAACGGGCACGAUGCACGCCUGGGAGCAAGAGGGCGUUGUUCCCGACAUCCAGACCGUGGGCAAGGGCCUCGGAGGCGGUUAUGCGCCCAUCGCCGGUGUGCUUGUUGGCCACCGCGUUAUCAGGACCUUGGAAGAGGGAUCUGGACGCUUUUCGCAUGGGCAUACGUAUCAGGCACACCCCAUCUCAUGUGCCGCGGCGGCAGAAGUCCAUCGGAUUAUACUUAAAGAAGGACUCGUUGAUAACGUGCGUCACAUGGGAGAAUACCUGGGAAGCUUGCUCAAGAAGAGGCUUGGCCAUCACCGCCAUGUUGGUGAUGUUCGGGGCCGUGGGCUCUUCUGGGGUAUUGAAUUCGUGAAGGACAAGGCCUCCAAGGCGCCGUUUGGUCGCGAGCUCGACGUUGGCAUGCUGGUUCACCAGAAGGGCCUGAGCUUGACGGAGGAGGGCGGCAUUCUGCUGUACCCAGGUAGCGGAACAGUCGAUGGCACACUUGGUGAUCACAUUCUGAUUGCGCCGCCGUAUAAUGUGAGGAAGAGCCAUAUUGAUCUGAUUGUCGAUCUUACGGUCAUGGCGAUUGAGGCGGCGUUUGGAGAACUGGAGUGUCGCCUCCAGAACAACUUAUAA